AUGCCCUUCCACAUUCCUCAUCAUCACCGGCAAGCCUCCGAGCCUCAGACUCCCCACGACAACCACUUUUCGCUGUCCCAUGCUCUCUACUCGGCAGGGCACGCUUUGACUUCGAUCGGCCAUCCUUCACACGACCAAUACCAACACCCACAGCAGCAGCAGCAGCAGCAGCACAACCAACAACACCCAAAUCAAAGUCAAAAGCAGCAGUGGCCCGCUCAAGCCCCUCCCCUUCCUUCCGCCCAGUCCACUGGCAUCUUGCCCACCACGGCGUCCGACCAAAACAGAUCCAACACCAAUGGCAAUACAACGGCCACCGUGAUCCCCUACCGCUCUGGGCCCCCUCAAUACGAGAAUCAGUACUCGGGCCUUAGGCGCUCGCUGACCGUUGGCCGCCAGUCCGACGAUCUUCUGCUCAACACCAACCCUCCUCCGCCCUCCGCCAUGAGCGACCUCCACCACUAUGGUGCUCCGCCAGCAUAUGGUGCUCCUCUACCUGCACCAGGAGAUCAGGCUUUGUCAAUAAAUAUUGACCCUUCCACCCCUCAACACCCCUCCAGCUCUGCCGCCAACCUCCAGGCCAAUCCCAUUCCUGGCACUCUCCAGCCCGGCCUAGUCAACAGACCUGCCCCUAAUCCUGCUCAACUGGGUGCGAGCAGUGUCGCUCCCAGUCUUCCUCAGUUGCCUCAAAUAUCUACUCAGUUGCAACAGCCUGUGCUCACCGGGAGACCCUCCACAAUGAAUCAUUCCCACAGCUAUUCGCGCUCGAGUCCGGGUGUCAUGGACCAGCCCAAGUACAAACCAUUUACAAACCACACUCCCGAACAGGGGAAAUAUAGCUCGACCUCGAGUGCCUAUGUUCCUAGCACGCCGCUUGGUCCUUCCUCAUACUCUCCUCUCGCCCUCGCCGAUGUACGUCUUCGCGGAGACACCAAUUUCUCCGACAUCCCCUUCAGUCCCAAUUUGGCUCCAGAAAGCGACAUCGGCCAGUAUCCUCGAAAUAGUAACUACGCAGCGCCUUGGCCGAUAUAUGCUGUUGACUGGUGCAAGUGGCCUCCUCGGUCAAACAAUGGCUCCGCUGGCAAAAUCGCGAUCGGUAGCUAUUUGGAGGACAAUCACAAUUAUAUUCAGAUAUUAGACGCUCAAAGGUCCCAGAUUGACUCAGAAAACCCACAUGCUGAAAGAGGGUUGGAGUUCAUCAAGACUGCAGAAGCCACACACGCAUAUCCUGUUACUCGGAUUUUGUGGGAACCUCCUUCGUCCAACAAGCAGGCUACUGACCUGCUAGCGACCUCCGGUGACCACUUGCGAUUGUGGUCGUUGCCCAAUGAUCAACACGCCUAUCAAUCCAACACCCUAUCCCGUUCAAAUAGCACCAACACUCCGCCUCUGCAAAAGCUCUCCCCCUUGGCUCUUCUCUCCAAUUCAAAGUCCCCUGAACAUACAGCGCCGAUAACGUCGUUGGACUGGAAUGUUGUCCAGCCUUCUUUAAUCAUUACUUCUUCCAUUGAUACCACUUGCACCAUAUGGGACAUUCCAACUCUCACCGCCAAAACACAGCUCAUCGCACAUGACAAGGAGGUCUAUGACGUUCGAUUUUGCGCAAACAGCGUUGACGUAUUCGUAUCCUGUGGAGCAGAUGGGAGUGUCAGAAUGUUCGACCUAAGAAGUCUUGAGCAUAGCACCAUCAUUUACGAACCUUCAGAGAAACAGCAAAAUAAGGACUCAUCCGAUCCCUUAUCCUCUUCACCGACCCGAACACCCUCAAACCUUCCCUUCCCGCCUCCUUUACUACGUAUUGCCGCCUCUCCCCACGAUGCUCAUCUCCUCGCCACUUUUAGUCAAGAUUCAUCGGUCAUCCGCGUUCUUGACGUCCGUCAGCCGGGCCAAGCCUUACUUGAACUCAAGGGUCAUGGCGCAUCGGUAAAUUGCAUAGACUGGAGUAAUUCUCAACGCGGUGUCCUCGCUUCUGGGGCUGACGAUUGUUGUGUCUUGCUUUGGGAUCUAAUGGGCUCCAGUGCGAGUGGAAUCGGCAACCAAACAGCAGGUAUUACCGCACCGGCCAGCGCCACUGGUACCGCACAGCCCGGAGGCACAGGUCAGGAGAGAGGCCCGAGCGCUGUGUGGGAAUGCGCCCAUGAGGUUGCCAAUUUGAGCUGGGCCCCCGGUAUGGGAACGCUAGGUGUUUGUGGUGGAAAGGGACUCUGGGGUGUUCAAUUAUGA